GUCCGUUUUACUAUAACAACGUCGCCGUGCGGUACCGUCCCUGACGCCGCUGCAGAGCAGGUUACAAGCAUUUCGCUCCACAGCGUCUGCAACAAAAUGCUGCCGAUAUCGCAGUCCUGCACCCAUGAGGGUCACGCAAGGAAUACUCACGGCGCGAAUAAUGGGGCCCCUUCAGCACGUUGAGCCUGCUGUUGUUUUCUCUACAAAUCCUGACGCUCUCAGACCGCACGGUGCGUCGGUGCGUCCUGAUCGUGUUCCCUUACACGAUCGCGUACGCAAACAUUUACCCCAGACUCCGAUAUAUAUAAUUGCUUAGCCCCUGCAGCACCACUCCGCCGUACUGCGCUUCCCCCUUCGAACAGCCUCCUCCGCCGCACAAGUGAAGCAUGGUCAUGCAGGGUUUGAAUUAUAUGUAGGCGGCCAUGGCAUGGGUAACUAGUACCUUCAAGUUCCCGCCUCCAUCUCGCAUCCUAAGCUCAUCUCGGAUCACGCUCGAUCUCGC